UAUUAAUUAUUUAGUACAUAUGUGUACAUGAAACAUGUAGAAGAAUUAGAAAGUUAAGUGUUUUUUGUUCAUAAUGAUAAUUUUUCAAUAAUAAUUAAAGAAUUUUAGUAAAUAUGGGAGAAAUAAUCAAUUUAAAUGUUGGGGGCCAAAGAUUUUCUACAUCUCGUCAAACCUUGACAUGGAUCCCUGACACUUUUUUUACUGGAUUACUAUAUGGGAAAAUAUCUUCCCUACGAGAUGAAACGGGUGCAAUUUUUAUUGAUAGAGACCCAAACUUAUUUUCAGUUAUAUUAAACUAUUUACGUACUAAAGAAAUAGACAUAAGUAAAUGUGAUCUGAGGGCUUUGCGGCAUGAAGCUGAAUAUUACAGUAUUGCACCUUUAAUCAAAAGGUUAAUGCUAUGUGAAGAUCUUGAUUAUUCUUCAUGCGGUGAUGUUUUAUUUUAUGGAUAUCUUCCAACUCCAAAUUCUCCACCUAAUGAGCUAAGUAACCAAAAUGCAACUCCAACAAAUGAAAAUUCAAACCCAUCGACGUCUUUUUCUUCAAAUCAAAUUCAACAAAAUUCAAAUUAUAGCAUGGUGAGGCCUGGAUCUAUGAUUAGAGUACCAGAAUAUUCAAGUUCAAACCAGAAUAUGUCAGGAAGUGGUCACUCACGCAAUUCUUCCUGGGACUUAAGAUCAACUUCAAGCACAAACAAUCGAGAAAUACGCCCUCCUUGGACAACCAAUGGAAAUUCUCAUUCACGAACAGCUUCUUUAGAUUUACGUCAUUCAAGACAAUCCUCUGCCGAUUUAAAUAAAUUUGUGAAAAAUGAUGUUGGCUUAGUAUUUAGUUCAAGUGUUUCUUCUAACUGGAGCGAGCCAUAUCGAGUACAAAUUAUUAAGGCUCAUCACAAUUGGAUUACUGUCUCUUACAACCAUUUUGUAACUUGUUAUAAGUUAAAAGAUUCUGGUUGGCAACUAGUUUUUACUUCGCCGUAUAUUGAAGUAAGCAUUGAAAGAAUAGCGAUUAAUGCAAAAGUAAAUCUUUCAACUUACGUAGAACAAACUCGUUCAGCUUUAGUUGCAAUUUCCUAUGGUAGUCAAAUUAGAUUAUGGGCUAUACAAGAAGCAGGAAACAAAACUGAAAUAGGAACUUUUAAUUUAAAUGUUCGUGUUGAAUAUUUAUUUUUCAUUGGAAGUCAAUUGGUGGCCUUAUCUUCUUUAGGAAAAAUUGGGGUUUGGCAUGCAAUGACACAGCAUUGGCAAAUACAGGAUGUUGUCCCAAUAUUGUCAUUUGAUAAUGCAGGCUCAUUUCUUCUUUUAGGCUGUAACAAUGGCUCAAUUUAUUACAUUGAUAUGCAAAAAUUUCCUCUACGAAUGAAGGAUAAUGAUUUGCUUGUUACAGAAUUAUACAAAGAUCCUGCAAAUGAUCAUAUCACAGCUAUUUCUGUCUACUUAACUCCAAAAACUUUAACACCUGACAGAGGACGCGAAGGACUUGGUGGAAACUGGAUUGAAAUUGCUUACGGAACAAAAUCUGGAUCCGUCCGAGUAAUAGUCCAACAUCCAGAAACUGUGGGACAUGGGCCUCAAUUGUUCCAAACGUUUACUGUACAUCAGAGCCCAGUAACAAAAGUAACUUUAUCUGAAAACUAUUUAAUAUCAGUAUGUAGUGAAUAUAAUCACGUCAGAACAUGGAAAGUCAAACGAUUUCGUGGUAUGAUUUCCACCCAACCUGGAUCAACACCAGAAGCUUCAUUUAAAAUAGUGUCACUUGAAGCUACUGAUAUGCAAUACAGCUAUUCAGCUGGAAAUGAUUUUGGUCCAUUUGGGGAACAAGAUGAUGAGCAAGUUUUUGUUCAAAAGGUUGUUCCAGAAACUGAUAAAUUAUAUGUACGUUUAGCUUCUAAUGGUGAUCGUGUUUGUAUUAUUAAGUCAGUUGACAAUACUACUAUAACAUCGUUUUGUGUAGUUUGUUGCGAGCUUUCUUCCCGUAUGGGUAGCCGCUUUAUUUUAACUGGACAUAGUAAUGGUGCUAUCCAAAUGUGGGAUCUAACGACAGCAUUAGAUUUAGUUAGAGGUGAAUCAAUUCAGCAAAAUGCUGGAGGUCCAAACGCAAAUGAAUUAUUGCGACUUUUAGAUCAAUGUGAUAUUAGCAGUAGUCAUUGUUCAACUCCGUGUAUGUCGCCACACAUAUUUCAAACUUUUAUUAGUCAAUCUCAACCUAAUAACACUGGAUUUUCUUUAUUUAAUAAUGGUUCAUCGUUUCCCAGAAUUAAAGCCAGUAAUGUUGCCUUACUAAAUCAAAGCCAACAACAGCAAAAUAAUGAAUGAAAAAAACUUAACAAAAUUUUUCUUUUUAGUUUAGAGUGUUAAAUUAUCCAAUAUCCUAUACAGUAUACAUAACGUGUAUUUUAUAAGAAUCAAUUGAAAUUAAUUAAAUGUACAUAGGUAUUAUAUAAAUUAUAUUUAAGCAAAGUUAAUAAUUUUAAAUAAAAUCAAUCUAAUGAAUCUA